AGGCCGCCGGGAGUCCCUAGAUUGCCAGCGCGCUCCGCCUCCGCCGCCGCUCCGCCGCCGCCGCUUCCCUCGCCGCGUCACGGCUCCCGGGACCGCCCUCCUCUGGCCCCUCCUGCUCGCUCCCUUUCUCCCUCCUCUUACCCUCCCCCUCCGACCGAUCGGUGACUUAAGCAACGGAGCGCGGUGAAGCCCAUUUUUCUCCUUCCUCGCAGCCGCGCCGGGCAGUCCGCGGCGCGCGGCCCCCACACUCCCGCCCGAGAUGAAUGCUGCGGCAGAAGCCGAGUUCAAUAUCCUCCUGGCCACCGACUCAUACAAGGUUACUCACUAUAAACAGUACCCACCCAACACAAGCAAAGUUUAUUCCUACUUUGAAUGCCGUGAAAAGAAGACCGAAAACUCGAAAAUAAGGAAGGUGAAAUAUGAGGAAACAGUAUUUUAUGGAUUGCAGUACAUUCUUCAUAAGUAUUUAAAAGGUAAAGUAGUUACCAAAGAGAAGAUCCAAGAAGCCAAAGAGGUAUACAGAGAGCAUUUCCAAGAUGAUGUCUUUAAUGAAAAGGGAUGGAACUACAUUCUUGAGAAAUAUGAUGGGCAUCUUCCAAUAGAAGUAAAAGCUGUUCCUGAGGGCUCUGUCAUUCCUAGAGGAAAUGUUCUCUUCACAGUGGAAAACACAGAUCCGGAGUGUUACUGGCUUACAAACUGGGUUGAGACUAUUCUUGUUCAGUCCUGGUAUCCAAUCACAGUGGCCACAAAUUCUAGAGAGCAGAAGAAAAUAUUGGCCAAAUACUUAUUAGAAACGUCUGGUAACUUAGAUGGUCUGGAAUACAAGUUACAUGAUUUUGGCUACAGAGGAGUCUCUUCCCAAGAGACUGCUGGCAUAGGAGCAUCUGCUCAUUUGGUUAACUUCAAAGGAACAGAUACAGUAGCAGGAAUUGCUUUAAUUAAAAAAUACUAUGGAACAAAAGACCCUGUUCCAGGCUAUUCUGUGCCAGCAGCAGAACACAGUACCAUAACAGCUUGGGGGAAGGACCAUGAAAAAGAUGCUUUUGAACAUAUAGUAACACAAUUUUCAUCAGUGCCUGUAUCUGUGGUCAGCGAUAGCUACGACAUUUAUAAUGCGUGUGAGAAAACAUGGGGUGAAGAUCUAAGACAUUUAAUAGUAUCAAGAAGUACAGAGGCACCACUAAUAAUCAGACCUGAUUCUGGAAAUCCUCUUGACACUGUAUUAAAGGUUUUGGAUAUUUUAGGUAAGAAGUUUCCUGUUACUGAGAACUCGAAGGGCUACAAGUUGCUACCACCUUAUCUUAGAGUUAUUCAAGGAGAUGGAGUAGAUAUUAAUACCUUACAAGAGAUUGUGGAAGGCAUGAAGCAAAAAAAAUGGAGUAUUGAAAAUGUUUCCUUCGGUUCUGGUGGAGCCUUGCUACAGAAGUUAACAAGAGAUCUCUUGAAUUGUUCCUUCAAAUGUAGUUAUGUUGUAACCAAUGGCCUUGGGAUUAACGUCUUCAAGGAUCCAGUUGCUGAUCCCAACAAAAGGUCCAAAAAGGGCCGAUUAUCUUUACAUAGGACACCAGCAGGAAAUUUUGUUACACUUGAGGAAGGAAAAGGAGACCUUGAAGAAUAUGGUCAUGAUCUUCUUCACACUGUCUUCAAGAAUGGGAAGGUGACAAAAAGCUAUUCUUUCGAUGAAGUAAGAAAAAAUGCACAGCUGAAUAUCGAACUGGAAGCAGCACCUCAUUAGGCUGUUUUAUGACUGGGGGUGUGUGUGUGUGCGCCUGCGUAUGCGUGUGUGUGUGUUUACGUGCAUGCACACACGUGUACCCCUGUGUGUGUGAGUAUGUAAUACAUAAUGUUUAUUGUACAGAUGUGUGGGGGUUCUUUGUGUUUUAUGAUACAUUACAGCCAAAUUAUUUGUUGGUUUAUGGACAUACUGCCCUUUUCAUUUUUUCUUUUUUCCAGUGUUUAGGUGAUCUCAAAUUAGAAAAUGCUCUUAACCAUGUAAAAGAUAAUUGCUAAAGUAAGCUUUUUAGGGCCCUUUGCCAAUAGAUAGUAAUUCAAUCUGGUAUUGAUCUUUUCACAAACAACCAAGAAACUUUUAUAUAUAACUGAAGAUCACAUAAAAACAGAUUUGCAUAAAAUUAUCAUGAUUGCUUUAUGUUUAUAUUUAACUUGUAUUUUUGUACAAACAGAUUGUGUAAGAUAUAUUUAAAGUUUCAGUGAUUUAACAGUCUUUCCAACUUUUCAUGAUUUUUAUGAGCACAGACUUUCAAGAAAAUACUUGAAAAUACAUUGCCUUUUGUCCAUUAAUCAGCAAAUAAAACAUGGCCUUAACAAAGUUGUUUGUGUUAUUGUACAAUUUGAAAUUAUGUCAGGACAUACCCAACAGAAUUACUAAACCUCACUGCCCCUUGUAAACUAUGUAUUAAUCAUUCUACAUUAAAGAAAAUAAUGGUUCUUACUGGAAUGUCUAGGCACUGUACAGUGAUUAUACAAGUUGGUCAUUGUAUUGUACCAGUGAAAUGCCAAAUUGACAGGCCUGUACUGCAGUUUUAUAUGUCAGAUAUUGCCUGUGGCUCUGCACCUCAAGAUUUUAAGGAGAUUUUUAGAGAGAAUUUCUGCUUACACUAUAGAAUAUAUACAUAAAUGUAAAAUAUUGACAAAUACGGAAGUAAUUAUUUUAAAGUAAUUACACUUCUGAAUUUAUUUUUCCUAUUCUAUAGUUGCUAUGACUGAAAUGAAUUAGUGGAAUGGGUAGUGAGUGUACUUAUUUUAGAUGUUUUGAUUGUUAUAUUUUUCAUUAUUAAGUUUUUCAAAAAUUAAAUUGGAUAUUCGAUUUUAUGGACAUCACUUACUAAUUUUAAACUGAAUCCCUCAAUAAAUAAUGCUCAAGCAAGUACUUACUUAAAUGAAGAUAAAUUAUCCCAAAUGAAAAAUAAAAUGACAUGAGUUUGAAAAGAAGAACCUGAUCCCACAGUGGUAAU